AUGCAGGUAUUAGAAAAAGUGGCGAAUGGCAAAGAAAAUGCUCAACAGAGGACAGAGUUAACGGUGACAGGCAGCUUUCAGAGGAUAGAGAAUGAUCAAAGUAAAUUUUACCCGAAUUUUGAAUGUAAGAGAACUCGGUAUUCAAUACAAGACUGGUUGGGUAUCCCUGCUACUCUGGGCUCUUCCACACAUCCAGCCCACUGCUUGGAGGCUGGCCUCGUUCCAGGACUUCGCCGUUCCUGUGCCUCUUUUGUAGGGCUCAGAGAUGACACUUCCAAAACUGCUCCGGAAACCAGAUGUAAUGUCUGUGGUAGGUCAAAGUUUCAGAAGGUUUGUAAAGUACCGUUCUCUAACCUUUCAUUUAGCCUCAAGUUUGAUGUCGUGGGUUUGGACAGAGGAGCCAAAGGCCAAAUUUCUACUUUUAGCAGUUUUAUUUCAACUGUUAGCCAGAAGAAAGAAGCUGCUGAAACCAGAAGUUCACCCACACAUCUUGUUUUCCCUAACAUCAAGAAUGUGAGAGACCUACCACCAAUUUGCCUUGAUGUUAGACAAAAACAGCGAAUGUCUGUAGAUGCAGUAUCGUCUGAAAUGAAGGCCCCGGUCCUUCCAGAGCCUGUCCUUCCUGUCCAGUCUAAAACCAUGAAAGAUUUUCAGGAAGAUGUAGAAAAAGUUAAGUCAUCUGGAGAUUGGAAAACAGUACAUGAUUUUUACCUAACAACAUUUGAUUCCUUCCCAGAAUUAAAUGCUGCAUUUAAGAAAGAUGCCAUGGCCUCGUUUAAUACCAUUGAAGACUCUGGAAUUAAUGCUAAAUUUGUGAAUGCUGUAUAUGAUGCCUUACUUAAUACUCCUCAAGACAUUCAGAAGACAGUAUUAAAGGGAAUCAUUAACAGCCUGUUAAGAGAAUGGAAGGGUCCACGAACGAAAGAUGAUCUUAGAGCAUAUUUUAUACUUUUACAGAAUCCUCAGUUUAAUAACACUUCUACGUAUGUCAUCUAUGCUCACUUGCUCCGACAGAUAGCCACCUUAGUGGAAGCUGACCAUCAUUUCCUAGUUCACUGGUUUAAAAAAUUAUCCCAGAAGAGGUUUAAACAGUUGGUGGAGAGAUUGCUGCAAUUUAUUUCUUUACGCCUAUUUCCUGCAAAGCCUGAAGAAUUUCCACCUAUAGCAAAGUGUUCCUGGUGGAUUCCAUCAGCAUCUAAAGUAUUGGCUUUACUUAAUACUGCAAACAAUUUGGUUAAUCCUCCCCUUAUUCCUUACACUGACUUCUAUAAUUCCACGUUGGAUCACAUUGAUCUCAUGGAAGAAUAUCACACUUGGCAGAGCUUUGGGAACUCUCACAGGUUUUCCUUCUGUCAGUACCCAUUCGUUAUUUCAAUAGCUGCAAAAAAAAUCAUUAUUCAAAGAGAUUCAGAACAACAGAUGAUAAGCAUCGCAAGGCAAAGUCUGGUGGAUAAAGUUUCUCGAAGACAGAGACCUGACAUGAAUAUGCUAUUUCUGAAUAUGAAAGUAAGGCGGACACAUCUGGUUAGCGACUCACUUGAUGAGUUAACCCGGAAAAGAGCAGACUUGAAAAAGAAGUUGAAAGUUACAUUUGUAGGGGAAGCUGGUUUGGAUAUGGGCGGCUUGACUAAAGAGUGGUUCCUUCUUCUGAUUCGCCAAAUUUUUCACCCAGAUUAUGGCAUGUUUACAUAUCAUAAGGAUUCACACUGCCAUUGGUUUAGCAGCUUUAAAUGUGAUAACUAUUCUGAAUUCCGAUUGGUUGGAAUUCUUAUGGGACUAGCUGUUUAUAACAGCAUCACCUUGGAUAUUCGUUUCCCUCCCUGCUGCUACAAGAAAUUAUUGAGCCCUCCCAUCGUUCCUAGUGAUCAAAAUACACCAGUAGGCAUCUGCAGUGUCACCAUCGAUGACUUAUGUCAGAUCAUGCCUGAGUUGGCCCAUGGAUUAAGUGAACUCUUAUCAUAUGAAGGCAAUGUUGAAGAAGAUUUCUAUUCAACAUUCCAGGUUUUUCAAGAAGAAUUUGGAAUAAUUAAGUCCUAUAAUUUAAAGCCAGGUGGUGAUAAAGUUCCAGUUAACAAUCAAAAUAGAAAAGAAUAUGUACAACUUUAUACUGACUUCCUUCUCAACAAGUCCAUCUAUAAGCAGUUUGCUGCAUUUUAUUAUGGAUUUCACAGUGUGUGCGCUUCAAAUGCCCUAAUGCUGCUUCGUCCAGAUGAGGUUGAAAUUCUGGUGUGCGGCAGUCCUGAACUAGAUAUGCAUGCCCUGCAGAGAAACACUCAGUACGAUGGCUACGCAAAAACAGACCUGACUAUAAGAUACUUUUGGGAUGUCGUGCUUGGAUUCCCUCUCGAUCUUCAAAAGAAGUUGCUGCAUUUCACGACAGGAAGUGACAGAGUACCUGUAGGAGGGAUGGCUGAUUUGAACUUUAAAAUCUCAAAGAAUGAAACUUCAACUAAUUGGUUACCUGUGGCCCAUACCUGUUUCAAUCAACUUUGCCUUCCCCCUUACAAGAGCAAAAAGGACCUGAAACAGAAAUUGAUCAUUGGAAUUUCAAAUGCAGAAGGUUUUGGACUCGAGUAACCUAGAAGACUUGAAAUCUAAUAUUCUAUAUGUAGCAUUCACUUCCCUCUUAUUGUGCCUUUAACCUUUUCAUGUUUCUGUCUCAAAACACUAUCAGAAAGUUCACCAACUCUAAAAUACCCAGUUUUGGUUUUUUGUUUUGUUUUGUUUUGUUUUUUAAAUCAGAUACUAAGAAGACUUAGUGAAGGCAUGAUUUUCUAAAAAACACAAAUUGCUAGAAUGAGGAAAAGUCCACAUGACAAACACAGGUGUGGGUCUGUUCCCUCUUUUUACAGCACUUUAUCAUUCUCCAUAAGAAGUUUGUCCCAGGCGGUCCACUGGGAAAGCAGAGUGCAGUGAAGGAUGCACUGAUAGCAUCGUUGAACCCAGUGGCCGAUGGUGUGCGCACGGUAGCAGAGCCACCCGCUACCCUCCCUUUAACAGAGAGCAUGCAGCCAUACUUUCAUACCGAGGUAAACAACAGUAUAAUCGCAAAUGCCGUUUACAGGGUUUUUUGAUAUACUGGCUCUGGUUCUAUAAGAUUCUUUUCAACUGUUGCUGAAAAGCCUGUAAAUAACUAUAUAACAGCCUGAGAAUAAUUGGAUUUUGAUAGUGCCAUUUAUUGCUAAAGAUUUAUUUUUACAAAGUAAAUUCAGGGUUUUAGAUGUGUGUACAGCUUUUACAAAUCAAUAAAGAUGAUUGUACAAGAGUAUUUUCAGACUAAUUGGAUUCAAGGUUCUAUUCUUUUAAAUAUUAUUGUUAGUCUGCAUGCACAUUGACAGUAAACUAGCUAUUUGAGUACUCUGUAAUAUUCAUGUAAUGAUUUUCUUCUUAAGGAUCAAAGUAUUAGAAAAGAAAUCAGAACUAAUCAUUGAUGAAGUAAGUCAAUUAAAAGCACAAAAGAACUUCUUUUAUAUAUAUUUUUGAUUGAUGUAGAAGACAUGUCUACAUUUUUUUGAUCGCCAAUUGUACUGAAACACUAAUUUUUGGAACAGGUAGGGUAAAGUAUUUGACAAAAGUGGGUAUAAUCGUAACAUUUGUGUCAAAAUGAUGUAACUUGGUGUAAAAAUAAAGUUCAGCAUUUUGGCCAAAAUGUUUGUUUCUCACUGGAUUCUGCAUUUAAUCAUUUAAGCUGCCCCCCCCCUUUUUUGGUUUCUGUUAGCAUAGCAUGUAAAAAAGCAACUGCAUUUUAAGUCAGACAGUAAAUUUCUUUUUAUUUACAAUACAUGAAGCAGUUUUAUUAGCAUGUUACAAAUAUUUCAACAGCUUUCCUUCAGAACACUCUGAAGUUGUAUUUGCAAUAAUAAUGAAACCAGCACUUAGUACCAGCAUAUGGUUCAUAUGCAAAUAAUACUUUCCCGAUUUUUUCUGAGUUAGGCUAUUUUCUUGUUGCUUAUGCUUCCUGCACCCAACCAGCAGAAUUCUCCACGGGUGGAGGAGCCAGUCCGCUGUUCCCCUACAACUCCCAAGCCGACCCACGUAUCUUUGAGGAAGAGGAGUUGCUCCAUUUAUUCUUCUCUGAGACAGAAGUGACUGCUUAUCCAUUUGGGGAUAUUAUUUAAAGGGUAUUUCUUCUUCAAAAUUGCGAGAAGCCUAAGCAAGGUGAAAGACAUAUUGGUUUGGUUUGGGUUGGUUCGGUUUGGUUUGGUUUGGCUUGGCUUGGUUUGGUUUGGUUUGGUUGGGCUUGGUUUGGUUUGGUUUUGCUCUGCUAUUUUUAAUACGUAUGCAAAUAAAACUGCUUCUCUCUUACGCUGCUUGAACUAGAAAGUAAGAUGUUUAAUGUAGGUUACUACUAACUAAUAAGCACAAAAGAAUCAUGUAUAAGAAACCAGAUGUAAGUGUUUUAAAUAAUACGUACACAAAGUUUUUAUUUGGUAGAGAUGACUCAUGGAAAUUGUGCUGGCUUGGUCUGCAUGUUUAGUGAUGUGCUCGUAUGUCGAUAGCUAUGUCACUUUUAAGCAAGAAGUACACAAGCAAGCCAGAUUUUCAAAUGACAAAGUCCAUCAAUAACUGGAAGAUUUUUGUGUCUGUUGUUUUUAAAUUAAAAUUUAUAACCGUUUGUCACUGACUUGCACUUUGCCUUUAUUUAUUUAUG